AUGAAGACGGUCGCAGUUUAUAAGAAGGAGACGUACGAUCGUAAAGUUGAGGUGACCCGAACGGCAUCGAAUCCAUACACAUCGCCAGAGUCGCUACUACCACGAGACUCGCAACCGAUUUUGCCUCCAUUGGAGAACCCUCAAGUGCACACAGCGGACACGAAAGUGGACAACAAGGUGGUUGAUGGGAAGUUCGUGCACACAGAAACGAUGACCGAGCACAUGAUGAAGGAGGACAACAAGCAGAAUGUCGCGCAAAUACAGUAG